GCAAGAGAGAGAAAGAGAGGAGAGGAGAGGGGAGAGAGAGAAUAAAGCUGUGAAGAAGUGUCGGCGAGGAGAAGGAAUAUGGCGGUCGAGGAGCGAGUCGCAUCGGGUGUGCCGCCGGACCACCUGCGUUGCGGUAGGAUGUUCGGAACGUACCGGCAGUGUCCCGGUUGGAAGAUGAACGGCAAGAGUUUGUGCGAGAAGCAUAUUCGCCUGAAGAUGCUCGACAAAAACUCUUCAUCUUCUGCUGUUUCUAGGGUUUCGAACGACCAGAGGAAGAGAAAGAAGGGGGAAAAAGAAGACGGAAAGGACCACCUGCGUUGCGGUAGGAUUUUCGGAACGAACCGGCGGUGUCCCGGUUGGAAGAUGAACGGCAAGAGUUUGUGCGAGAAGCAUAUUCGCCUAAAGAUGCUCGACAAAAACUCUUCGUCUUCUGCUGUUUCUAGGGUUUCGAACGACCAGAGGAAGAGAAAGAGGGGGAAAAAAGACGACGGAAAGGAUGAGAGAGACGCUGAAGAGAGUGGGAAAAAAAGAACAGUUGGACGGAAGAAGAAGAAGGUUGAGAAAGUUCCCAGAGGGAAAAAUCCAGAGGAUGGCGAAAGUAAUGGUGGGAGAGGUAAGAGAAAGGCUCGCUUGAAGCAAAAUAGCUCGCGCGUCGGUGCUAGAAGGAAGCAUUUCAGUACGGAUGGGGGUUACGAUAAAUUCCAAAUGUGCCAUCAAUGCCAGUGUACUAAGAGGGUGGUCCGGUGUCGCAAUGUCAUUCCCCAGAGCUCGAAUCCAAGUACUGAAGAACAUUGUCGCAAUGUCAUUCCCAAGAGCUCGAAUCCAAGCAUUGAAAAACAUUGCCGGAAACGUUACUGUCCCCCUUGCAUUGAGACAUGGUACCCUCGACUAUCGGAGGAUGCAAUAGCCGAGAAAUGCCCAUAUUGUCGUGGCAACUGCAAUUGCAAAACUUGUUUGCGACGAACAGAUGUACUCAUGAGUACUGGAAUUGCUGGAGUGCCCGACAGCAAGGAUGAAAGGAUUCAUCGCUUGAAUUAUAUGGUACAUGUACUCUAUCCGUUUUUGAAACAAUUUGAUCAUGAACAAGAACUGGAAAAGAAUAUGGAAGCUAAGAUUCAAGGAUUGUCACCGUUGCAUGUAGAGAUACCGCAGGCUGUUUGUGAUAAAGAUAAACGUGUUUAUUGCAACAACUGUAGAACCUCUAUAGCAGAUUUUCACAGAAGCUGCCCCAAUUGCAAAUAUGAUCUGUGCUUGACUUGUUGUCGAGAAAUUCGAGAGGGUUGCCUCCGAAGUGAUCGCGAUGAGAUUGUGGUGCGUUAUUUUGACAGAGGGGAGUCUUACUUGCAUGGAGGAGAACCUCUUAUCUCACCAGAUCAAAUCAAUUCUUCUAUUUCAUUUGAUAGUAAGCCAAAACCUGAGUGGAAAGCAACAGAAACUGGUUGUAUACCUUGCCCACCGGAGGAAAUGGGUGGUUGUGACCAUGACCACUUGGACUUGAAGAGUAUUUUUCCAGAAAGUGUUUCCGAAUUAAGAAAGAAAGUUGAAAAAUUAGUCAAAACCCAGAUAUUUGCCAAAGUGCCAGGAGUUUCUGAAGAGCACUGCUCUUGUCUGAAAAUGAAUGGUGAGGUAGAUGUUGGUAAUGGCAAACUUCGUCAAGCUUCUUCUAGAAAAGAUGCCAAGGACAACUAUUUGUACUGCCCUUUGACAAGUGAUAUUCAACAAGGGGAUCUAGAGCACUUCCAGAGUCAUUUGGUCACGGGAGAGCCAGUAAUUGUUCGGAACGUCCAUGAAUUUACAAAUGGAUUGAGCUGGGAGCCGAUGGUAAUGUGGCGUGCAUUCCGUGAAUUAACACGUACCAAAGGUUCCAACUCAGAUGUGACGGUGACAGUAGCUGAUUGUCUUGAUUGGUGCGAGGUAAGCCUUCUAAAGGCCGAAAUAAACAUUCACCAAUUCUUCAAAGGGUAUUUAGAAGGUCGAUAUGAUAGAAAUGAUUGGCCUAAGAUGCUCAAACUGAAAAAUUGGCCCCCAUCUAACUUGCUGGAGGAACGUUUACCACGCCAUGCUGCAGAGUUCAUUCUCGCCUUGCCAUAUUUAGAGUACACACAUCCCUGUUCCGGUAUUCUUAAUUUGGCUUCAAAGUUGCCUAAGGAUGCAUUGAAACCAGAUCUAGGUCCAAAAACCUAUAUAGCGUAUGGAUUCUCCGAAGAGCUUGGACGUGGAGAUUCUGUGACCAAGCUUCAUUGCGACAUGUCAGACGCGGUGAAUGUGCUGAUACAUACAUCAGAAGUGAAGCCUACUUCUCACCAGCUUUCCAAGAUAAAAAAACUAAAAAAGAAGCAUGCUGACCAUGACCUAGAAGAAAUCAUGGGUACUGGCUGUGCAGACAAUAAUGUGAGAAGAAAGGGGAGACAGGGGACAGGAGGUGGUUGUGGGAAAAAGAUGGCGGGGAGGAAAUUGUCAAAUGGAUUGGGUAUUAAGUCAGAACAUUUUCGCAAUGAGGAUGCCAAUGCUGCCAAUUUUCAGGAAGGGGGAACUAGAAAUAAAACAGAGGAGUGGAGUCCAGGGGAGAAUAAUACUGUUCAUCCUAAUAAUUUGCAAGUUGAUUCUAUUUCUGAGAAGAAUUGGAAUGAAUUGGAGACAGCAGAUGGAGGUGCUGUUUGGGAUAUUUUCCGGCGGCAGGAUGUUCCCAAGCUGGGGGAAUAUCUUAAAAAGCACCAUAAGGAGUUCAGGCACCUGUAUUGCAAUCCAGUACCACAGUGAUGUCCUGAAGACGUGAAAUACAACGAGAUGUAUUUAUAGCAGAUAUGGAAGUUGGCAUUCGUGGGAGGCUCAACCGAACCCUUACUGUUAUGACAAUGAUUGAAUAGUGCUCGGAAACAGGAUAAAGGGCAGACAUGAGGACCCCACAUGUUAGAUCCUAUGUUUUGUCCCUCAAUGAUUAUGAGGUUUUGGCAGGUGGGGUAAAGUUCAACGCAUCUACCAUUUAAUUGCAAUUGCUGGUUCAAACUGAGCAAAAAGAGCAUUAGCAUUUAACUGCAAUUAUCAUUUGGUUUUAAAUAUUUUGGUCGUAUACUGAAUUGUGCACAAGGGAAUUCCAAAAUUACCGUUGUGCAUAGUUGUCAAAUUGUGAAUCAAAAUGGUAAAAAGAAAUUUCCGUUCUCUUAAUCUAGAAGUGUAAAGUUUCGGUAAGAUGUUUGUAUGGCAAGAGAUGUGGAUCCUAGGCUUCGAGAGCCGGUUUAAUAUGUGAUCUUAUGGAGGUUACUGGUUAAGCUUUAGUAUAUGCCGAAUUGACUAUGCAAUAAAUUGGGAAUAGUAGGAAACAAUGAUCAAAAUUUAAUUUAAAAUGUUAAAUCGAAGAACAUGCAAUGAUUAUUAGGCUCAACAAGAUUCUCGCAACUUGUGUAGUUAUUGCUCACUUAGGAUAUCAUGUUGUGUAAAAGAAGAUUCGGCUAAUCUCAUCUUACCUGGCGUUAUCCACCUUAAUGACAAUAGAAAUUCAUCGGUGUCAUUAAUAUUAGCUCUAAACUUUUUCAGAAUAUGUCUCUGACGUUUUCAGAAAAAACACAUUGCAAAAUGAUUGAGAACUAGUCUCAUUCCGAUUAAAUACUGUAACCACCAGAUGAUCAACAAAUAGGCCACGUGUUGGCCUUAUUAACACUAAAGAGCAUAUGAGCAUAUGAAGUUAAUGUUCUUGCUUUUCCUUAAAAAAGGGGGUAAAAAGCUUUUCGAGCUUGUCAGAUGUGACAGUUUCAAGAGUUUCUUGAAGCAUAAAUUGUCAAUGGAAUGGUGAAUAGAACAGUGAUGGUACGAUUCACGACAGAUUCUAUCCCAUGUCAACUUAUAUGCAGAUUUUGUAUUGGUUGUUGAUGAAUCAUGAAGCGAAGAGCGAGUUGUUCAAUUUGAAAAACUAUGCUUUUAAUAGGCUGACUUCAAACUUAUAAUGA